AAGAAGGGUAGGAAGAAAAGAAGAGAAGUUGAGAGAGAAAGAGAGUAAUUCCCGAUGAAGUAAAGAUUAGCAGCGAAUCAACAAUGGAGUGUUGCAGUCGUCGACCUUGUUAGCAGUCUCACUCGCACUGUAAAAACUGUGUAUACUUUUUAUUUAUCUUCUCUCAAUUUCUCUCUCUCUUUCUCAAUGUAUCAUGCUUAUGCAAUUGCAAUUGCAAAGCAUUUCCGAUCCAGAGGGAGAGAACCUUUGUGACAGCUCUAUCAACCCACGAAAACCCUAUUCAGGGUCAGAUUCUUGAUUCUUUCGUUUCUCUGCCCGAGAUCUCGCUCUGUACCCACGGCUAGGGUUUUGCUUCGCUUCUUCUUGCGUCCGCCAUGGCGAGUUCUUCGGCUUCCAGCUGGCGCGAGGGAAUGUCCUCUGACAACAUAAAGGGUUUAUGCCUCGCUCUCUCCUCCAGCUUCUUCAUCGGUGCCAGCUUCAUUGUCAAAAAGAAGGGUUUGAAGAAGGCUGGUGCCAGUGGACUCAGGGCCGGAAGUGGAGGUUAUUCUUACUUGUACGAGCCACUUUGGUGGGUGGGAAUGAUAACAAUGAUUGUAGGAGAGAUUGCCAAUUUUGCUGCUUAUGCAUUUGCUCCAGCUAUAUUGGUCACUCCACUUGGUGCUCUCAGCAUUAUUAUCAGUGCUGCUCUUGCUCAUAUUAUUUUAAGGGAGAGGCUACAUAUUUUUGGAAUUCUUGGUUGUGUUUUGUGUGUUGUGGGAUCUACAACAAUUGUUUUGCAUGCACCUCAAGAACGGGAAAUUGAAUCUGUGACAGAAGUGUGGGAUCUUGCUAUGGAGCCAGCUUUUCUCUUGUAUGCGGCUUUAGUUAUAACAGCUACUUUUAUCCUUAUCUUCCACUUCAUUCCUCUCUAUGGACAGACACACAUAAUGGUUUAUAUUGGUGUUUGUUCCCUUGUAGGUUCUCUAACGGUUAUGAGUGUUAAGGCUCUUGGAAUUGCCAUUAAGUUAACACUGUCUGGGAUGAAUCAGCUAAUAUUCCCUCAAACUUGGGCAUUCACUCUAGUUGUAACAGCUUGUGUUCUUACCCAAAUGAAUUAUUUAAAUAAGGCACUGGAUACUUUUAAUACGGCUGUGGUAUCUCCUAUAUAUUAUGUCAUGUUCACAACAUUCACCAUUGUGGCUAGUGUUAUUAUGUUUAAGGACUGGGAUAGGCAAAGUCCAACGCAAGUUAUCACAGAAAUAUGCGGGUUUGUGACCAUUCUUUCGGGAACUUUUCUUCUCCACAAAACUAAGGAUAUGGCUGAUGGUUUACAGACAUCUCCAUCUAUUAGACUUGCUAAGCAUUCAGAAGAGGAUGGGUUUGAUGGUGGGGAAGGCAUUCCUCUUAGACGGCAAGAAUCGAUGAGAUCAACAUGAUAAUAUUUCUUGUAUAACAUGUUGCUUUUCUAAAUGAGCUUGAGGCAGUGGGGAGGGAUUUUGCCAAGUUCGUCGUCUGUAUUUUACUCUGAUUAUUUCCCUCCCCGUCAUAUUUUUUUCCUCAUACAGUUGGAGUCGAAGGAUGAGAGUUUGGCAUCACCGUUGAUGAUUAUGCUUUCUGAUCUUGCCUUGCGUACUCCUCUACUCUCCUCCGUACCCAAUGUAAUUUUCUGCACAUUCAUUAUAUAUAGUGUACCUCAGUUAAAUGAAAAUAUUCAUCAUCAAAUUUUGAACUCGACA